AUGGAUCCUUCUAAUCAACCAACAAACCCGACUCCGACCUCAACUCCCAUCGUGGAUGAGACAGCUGUCAUACAGUACCUUUCACAAAUGGGAUUUAAACAAACGGAAUCGAUGUUUCGACAAGAGGCAUCCAGAAUUCAUUCAUCUAAUGAACAACAAUAUACUUCUUCUGACGUUUCAACAAUGUACCCCUCGAAUUACAGGUUGAUUAAGCCUGAAGAAUAUAAACAAAUAUUAUAUCCAAUAUUCGUGCACGAAUAUCUUGAAAUGAUUACGAAGGAUCUGCAUGAAUAUGCAUCCGAAUUUUUCAAUACAUAUCAAUCUGAUCAUAUAAUUCAUGAGAAAGAAUUAAAGACAUUACGAGUGAUAACACAUCCUCAUCAUGUUAACGAGAAUGAACUCGCACAAAAAUUUCGAUCCAAAAAAUUCACGGUUAAAAUGUCUCAAACUUCUCUUGAUAUAUUAAUUGAUCUUUUACAAAAUAAUAGUCUUUUAUUAAGAAUUGUGAAUCAAAAUAUUAAAAUUGAUAAAAUUGAAGAUAUUGGAUUUCCGGGAUUUGACACGGAAGAACUGGAAGAAUUCAAUAAACAGGAAGUUCAAUUAGGUCCUUUACCAAUUGAACCAUCCUUUCGAGAUGAAGUUGAGAAAAAGCUAUCGGAAGAAGAUCGUAAAAUUAUUGAAGCAGCAGAAUCUCAAGUUGUAUCUGCGAACGGAAUUCCGAAACAAUUUACAUCACUUCAACAAGAAUUUAAUGAAAAAAUCCGACGGGAACAACAAAAUUCAGAUGUUCCAGAUAGAGCUUCAAUACCGCUACCGUCAUACAAAGGAGCUGACGUACACUCGCAAAUCGAAAUAAUUAAAGACAUGACACAGAGAAUAGAAUUGGGUCCUUCCUCUCUACCUUCCGUUUGUUUUUAUAGUUUUCAUAAUACUCACGAUAGUUUGAAUUGCUUAUCCAUCUCCGAGGAUUCUUCUCUUAUUGCGGGAGGUUUCUCCGAUUCAUACGUAAAGAUUUGGAGUUUAAAAGAUGAAAAACUUCGAGGGUUGAAAAGUCAAAUCAAACCAUCUGAAAUUAAUUCAGUAUAUGAUCUAGAAAAUGCGAGGGAGAGCCCUGGUAGUGUUUAUAAAAAACUUUUAGGACAUUCUGGUCCUGUUUUUGGAUUAAGUUUUAGUCCAGAUAAUAGAUAUUUGGUUUCAUGUUCAGCUGAUAGUACUGCAAGACUUUGGAGUACGGAUACAUUUACUAAUUUAGUAUGUUUUAAGGGUCAUAAUUCACCAGUUUGGGAUGUGGAGUUCAGUCCAAUGGGAUUUUAUUUUGUAACAGCUGGACAUGAUAGAACUGCUAGAAUUUGGAGUUGUGAUCACAUUUUCCCUUUAAGAAUUUUUGUUGGGCACAUGUCAGAUGUUGAUUGCGUUAAAUUUCAUCCCAAUACCAAAUACAUUGUCACUGGAUCUAGUGAUAAAUCAAUUCGUAUGUGGGAUAUUCAACGAGGUUCAUGUUUUCGAAUACUUUCCGGUCAUACGGGAAGUAUUUGUUGUUUAGCUAUAUCUUCGGAUGGAAGAUUAUUAGCUUCCGGUGGUGAUGACGAAAUGAUAAUCUUAUGGGAUUUAGGAACAGGAAAGUUAAUUAAAAAAAUGACUGGACAUACUGAUUUCAUAAAUUCAUUGGCAUUUAGUAAGGGAGAUAAUCUUCUCGUAUCUGGAGGUGCAGAUAAUACAGUUCGUAUAUGGGAUGUUAAAAAGUGUUAUUCAAAUGAUUUAUUAAACGAUGGAUGGGGAAAAAGUGAAAACGUUAAUCCCAUCAAUACUUCGAUGUCUUCGUCUUUGUCGUCGAUUAAGCAAUUAAAAAGUAAAUCAACUGCAUCUCCUGAUCUCUUGAAAACAUUACCAACGAAGAAAUCACCAGUUUAUAAAAUACAUUUCACAGGACGAAAUCUAUGUCUUGCCGCAGGUUCAUUCACAUCUAGUGAAGAGGAGAAAUUAUAUUACGAGCAAAUGAUUAAACAAAUGAAUAAACAGAAAGAAAAUAAACAACAAGAUAAUGAUAAAGAAACAGAAAAAAAAAAUUAUCAUGAAUUUGAAUUUAAAAUUAUUCUUCUUCAUUUGAUAUUCUUCUUGCUUUAA